UAGAAUAAUUCAGCUGCCAAGUGAAUCAGAGGGACUUGGAGUUCUCAGCGAGCACAGACCGUACUCCUGCCCAGAGUUCAGACACAGUCAGCCCCAGAUCACCAUUUCAUACCCCACAGAAUGGAGCUUUCUGCAGCCAAAGCCCCGAGUGCCGUAGAUGCAUCUGAGAUUGAAAUAAAGAAAGAGAUGAAGAAAGACCCUCUCUCCAGCAAAACUCCAGAAAAGCCCAUGCACGAAAUGUCCAGUGGAAAUGCUUUGCUGUCUUCUGAAACAAUUCUGAGAACCAAUAAGAGAGGCGAGCGGCGGAGGCGCCGGUGCCAGGUGGCGUUCAGCUACCUGCCCCAGAAUGAUGACGAACUGGAGCUGAAAGUUGGUGACAUCAUAGAGGUGGUAGGAGAGGUAGAAGAAGGAUGGUGGGAAGGUGUUCUCAAUGGAAAGACUGGCAUGUUUCCUUCCAACUUCAUCAAGGAGCUGUCGGGAGAGUCAGAUGACCUCAGCAUUUCCCAGGAUGAGCAGCUCUCCAAGUCAAGGCCUGAAGCUCUCCUCCCUCCAGCUUCUCUGCUGCCCUUUCCAGCUCACGGAGCAAAAGGAAAGACUACCUUUGAAGGGACAAUUCUGUACCGAGCUGCACCGGGAAAGACGGAGGGCCACAGACGUUAUUACAGUUUAAGGGAAACCACAGGCUCUGAGAGUGAUGGAGGUGACUCGAGCAGUACCAAAUCGGAAGGUGCCAAUGGGACAGUUGCAACUGCAGCAAUCCAGCCGAAGAAAGUUAAGGGAGUGGGUUUUGGAGAUAUUUUCAAAGACAAGCCAAUAAAGCUGAGACCAAGGUCGAUUGAAGUAGAAAAUGACUUUCUGCCGGUGGAAAAGACUAUUGGAAAGAAGUUACCUCCAGCUACAGCAACUCAAGACUCAUCAAAAACAGAAAUGGACAGCCGGACAAAGACCAAGGAUUACUGCAAAGUAAUAUUUCCAUAUGAGGCACAGAAUGAUGAUGAAUUGACAAUCAAAGAAGGAGAUAUAGUCACUCUCAUCAAUAAGGAUUGCAUCGAUGUAGGCUGGUGGGAAGGAGAGCUCAACGGCAGACGAGGAGUGUUCCCUGAUAACUUCGUGAAGUUGCUUCCACCUGACUUUGAAAAGGAGGGGAAUAGACCCAAGAAGCCACCUCCUCCAUCGGCUCCUGUCAUCAAACAAGGGGCAGGUACCACUGAGAGAAAACAUGAAAUUAAAAAGAUACCUCCUGAAAGACCAGAAACGCUUCCAAACAGAACAGAAGAAAAAGAAAGACCAGACAGAGAGCCAAAACUGGAUUUACAGAAGCCUUCCGUUCCUGCUAUACCACCAAAAAAGCCAAGGCCACCCAAGACCAAUUCUCUCAGCAGACCAGGCGCACUGCCUCCGAGGAGACCCGAACGACCAGUGGGUCCCCUGACCCACACCAGGGGUGACGGUGCAAAGAUUGAUUUGGUUGGCAGUUCGCUAUCCGGUAUCCUGGACAAGGAUCUCUCGGACCGCAGCAAUGACAUCGACCUAGAAGGUUUUGACUCCGUGGUAUCAUCUACUGAGAAACUCAGUCACCCAACCACAAGCAGACCAAAAGCCACAGGGAGGCGGCCUCCGUCCCAGUCCCUCACAUCAUCUUCCCUUUCAAGCCCUGAUAUCUUUGACUCCCCAAGUCCCGAAGAAGAUAAAGAAGAACACGUUUCGCUUGCACACAGAGGAGUGGACACAUCAAAGAAAACUUCAAAGACUGUUACCAUAUCCCAAGUGUCUGACAACAAAGCACCCCUGCCACCCAAGCCAGGGACCAUGGCUGCAGGUGGUGGUGGUGGACCAGCCACUCUGUCCACGGUGGUACCCGCCCCCCUGUCGUCCUCUUUGGGAACAGCCGGACACAGAGCCAACUCCCCAUCUCUGUUUGGCACGGAAGGGAAACCAAAGAUGGAGCCUGUGGCCAUCAGCCAGGCGGCCUUGGAGGAGCUAAGGACACAGGUCCGAGAACUGAGGAGCAUCAUCGAGACCAUGAAGGACCAGCAGAAACGAGAGAUUAAGCAGUUACUGUCAGAGUUGGAUGAAGAGAAAAAAAUCCGGCUUCGACUGCAGAUGGAAGUUAAUGACAUAAAGAAAGCUCUUCAAUCAAAAUGAAUACUUGAUCAAUGAAAUGUCGCAUUAUUCAUCCUGAGUCCAAGACUCAAAUUUUCCGCCCCAGCCAAAAUAACCUUGUGCCAAAAGAUUAAAGAUUUGCCUCAAUAUGUCCCAGUUUGAAAGAUUAGCACAAAAAUCUUGAUAGCACAACACAAAUUCCAUCCAAGAGGAGACUCUUCCCCAUGGUAUAGUCCUGGGUCUGGCACUGGUUGUGACUUAAACAGAGCAAAUUGUGCUAAAGGCUUUUUUACUAUGAGAUCUCAUGCGAAAUGAAAACUCAGGCAGUUUAGUCCAUAGUGGUACUAUUUUGAUGAUAUUUUCCAUUAAUAAAAUGUAAUUUCAGAUUAUUCGUUUACAAGCUUUAUAAUUUUAUGAUUUUUUAAUCGUGUUUUGUCACAGAUUCCCCCAGUAUUUGUAUUACACAUAGUCCAGAGCAAGCAUCCCUUUCUUUUGCUGCAGGCGGAAAGCUGCCUUGCUUUGUGUCCCCUCUAGGAGUCUAUUACAUAUGCAAUUUUAGGUCCAACCCGUCCCUUCUCCUGCCAGCAAACCCCACCACCCUGAGAUCAAUUUUAGCUUAUAUGUGAUGGUAUAUUUACAAAAGGAGAAAGAGAAAAUCUGGUAUUUGCAAUGAUCUGUGCCUUCUUUUUACCACCCUCUUGAUUGGAACUUUUGUGAUGCAGCUACCAUGAUUUAAAACAAAAUUUUUUUUAGCCACUUAUCAAAGUCCACUAGAGACUACUGUCUUCAAAGCUUCUCUCCCCUAGCCAAAGGUCCUAAGAGGAGACAGCUGUGAAGUUGGGCGUGCUCUGUGGUACCAGCUGCAAUUGUUAAGUUCUCCUAGUUUUAGGUUGUUCAUGAAACUAGAAAUGUCACCCCUGCUUGAUUUUUCAUCAGCUAAGUUAAACCCUUGCCUCCUGUCCUUUGCACCUUUUGCGUGAACAGAAUAUGCAUUAUUAAAGCAAAAAUAAAUAAAAGUAAAAUGCAAAUAAAAACGAGGGAGGGAAGUUGUAUUAUUUCCUGCACUGGUUAUCUGUGUGUGUUAUUGUUUCAGCUGUACUCACAUAAUGUCAUAUGCCUCCAUCUCUUGUAACCCCUUCCUUAAGUGCAAGGGAAUGGGAGGUGGGGGCUCUUGUUAAAGUGUAGCCAUUGAUUCUUUCUGGCAUUUUUUGAAUUGCUUUUUCCCUCCCAAGGAAACGUGUUUGCUUGUCUGCUUUAUCUUUGUAACAAAACAGUUCAGCCUUAGUCUGUGUGACUGCUUUCUCAUCUUUAGCUGAAAAUAAGGGGACAUACUGUAUAGCAAAAUUGUUUGGGGGUUGGGGGUGGUGGUCCCUUAAUGGUACCUGAAGAUGUUUUUUGUGUUUCUAAAAAGCUGCUUUGUCUAUUUCCUGGGUUUUAGAGUAAAAAUAAUAAACAUUAAUUGAUCUUCA